GUAAUUGUCUCACGCUGUUGUACUUCCGUGUACUACAGUCCAGUAAGCCCACUGUUUCCUAAAGUAUGUUUACAAUCGUUUGCUCACUUUAAUGAGCUCUAAGUAAGUACAGGGCUACAGCGCGACUUCCAGAGGUGUGAGUUUUAGUUUCAGGCAGAAUGUCUCGCUGUGUUGCGUUACAGACGCAUCUGGCGUCAGUGGUGGAGGCGUUAGUUCACGCCGCGAUCGCUGAAAUGUACAAACUAAUGGAAGAGGAGAGACUGUCAUUUAUCAUUAGUGAUAUUACCAGCGACCAGUGUGAAGACGAGGAGACUGGGUCAAGAAUGAAGAGGGGAAAGGAGGAGAGAAUGAAGCAGUUUGCAUCAGUCAUGGAAGUAUUGGGCAACGAGGCUCUUGGGAAAAUAAUCAAACUCGUUGAUGAAACCAAAUUUCUGUUGGACCUGGAGUGUAAAACAUUUUCAGGCAAGAGGGCAAAACGUCCCGGCAGUAUCUUGAACAUUCUGUCUGUUGGGGGACUUGAAGAGGAACAUUCUUAUGAUGGAAGUGCAAGAAUCCUGGAGACAAGAACAAGAAAUAAGUCUGAUGAGGGCACAGAAGACCGUCCAGAAUCCCCACUGACGUUGGCUGUGACGAUCAGAAAUGAAUUUGGAAAAGUUGACUUGAAGUCCAUCAGUAGUGGUCACUUAAACACUUCUUCAGAAGACAGAGUAGCAUCUGUUCUACAAGAAGACAGCAGUGAAGAUCCUCAAGACGCUGUUACUCUCUUUGGAAAGAGGUCCUUUAUUUGUUCCGAGUGCGGCAAAAGUUUCUCUUCUCAAAGCAACCUCAAAUCACAUCAGCGCAUUCACACUGGAGAAAAGCCCUUCGGCUGUGUUCUCUGUGGCAAGGCUUUCGCCCACAAACAGAGUCUGUCUGACCACCAUCGAGUCCACUCAGGAGAAAAGCCAUUUGUCUGUAAAGUCUGCAGCAAAUGCUUCGGGAAAGCCGCGCACCUCAAAACCCACGAAAUAAUCCACACGGGCGAAAAGCCGUUCAGCUGCAACGUUUGCGGAAAAAGAUUCAACAUUGCUCAGAAUCUUGCCAGGCACCAACUCACCCAUACAGGUGAAAAGGAUUUUCGAUGUUCAAUCUGUCAGAAAAGCUUCACACGGGCCAUCACGCUUAAAACGCAUCAACUCAUCCACACGGGUCAGAAACCGUACUCCUGCGUGUCUUGCGGGAAGGCUUUCCGCCACGCCGUCAACCUUAAAAACCACGAGCGCAUCCACACGGACCAGCGACCGUUCAGUUGUGACCUGUGUGGCAAGACCUUCCGCCAGGCUGUCAAUCUGAAAAUCCACAAACGGAUCCACACGGGGGAAAAACCUUUCAGCUGCAAGGAGUGUGGGAAGAGCUUCAGUCAGCAGAGUAGCCUCAUUUCACACGGACGCACUCACUCCGGAGAGAAACCCUUCGGCUGCAAUUACUGCGAUAAGUGGUUUAACAAUACGAACAGUCUAAAGCUGCACCAGAGGGUCCAUACCGGCGAGAAGCCGUACAAUUGUGAGUAUUGUGGCAAGUGUUUCAGUCAAGGUAGUCACCUGCGUACUCACAAACGCCACGUUCACGGAGGGGGGAAGCAGUACAUCUGCGAUAAAUGCGGAAAGAGAUACGCAGAUCCUCGUAAUCUUAAAUUGCACAAAUGCGUUUAUGCUUAAACAUGUCAUUAUAGAGAUAUUUGGAGCCCAUUUUUCUUUGGUUUAUAAAUUAUUGAAGAAGAUUAUCUGAAAAUAGCUACAAUCACAUAGAACUUUUUUUAUUCUGAGUUGUGAAAUUUAGAUUAUUUAUUUUUU